AACAAACUUGGAGGCAAGUCUACUUGAAAACAACAUGGCAACUACCUCUUAACCUUCUUCAGCUUCACUCAUUUUUCUACCAAACUUGAACCAAAACCAUCCAACAGAAAUGUACAACCAACCUGUGAAUGAGUGCCAACACCCAAAGCCAGAGCAUUUUCAGCAAAUGAUUAACACAUUCAACAUGUUAAAUCCACAAGCUAAAACCUGAAACAAAAGCAAAACCCAUCACUUCUUUUUCACUCCAGAAGGUUCUGAGCCCAUAAAACUAAGCCCCACCUUUUCUACCCUUUGAUGAGAUGCUGCAGCUGUGGUGGUAACUGAAAAGAAAGUAGCAAAAUGCCCCCAGAGACAUCUCCAUGCCAUCCUAGUGUCACACCCACAAGACAACUCCUACCUCGAGAGCCACCCGGAUCACAAGCCCGGCAACACCAGCCUCCCCGCCACCAGUACCACUACCGAGGAGGAACAAAGCCGAUGACAAUCCCCAAAACGAAGCUCAUUCUCGUCCUCGUUUUCUCCCUCUCGGGGAUCUCCAUCCUCAGGCUUCUAAAAAUUUCUGCCAUUUCGUCUUUUUCUUCUCCUCUUGCUGCUGCUUGGCCCCGGAAUCGUCUAAGCCCGUUGAAGAGCCAGCCUUUUCCCUCCACCACUGCCACCCCCCUCACUGAGAAAGAAUUUCACCUUCUGUCAAAUCUCAUUUCCCUUAAAGCCCCUUGCAACCUCCUUGUUUUUGGUCUUGAACAGCCAUAUAUAAACCUCUCAAGAAUCAAUUCAGGUGGCAACACAGUAUUUCUAGAGGACAACCCGGAGAAAAUGAAAACAAUCAAAAGAAAUUCCAACCAUACCAGGAUUUACAGAGUUGCGUACGAGACACGUGCUAGAGAUGCUUACAAGCUGCUGAAGCACGCGAGAAAAAACCCUGCUUGUGGGAUGUACUCGGGAUCACUCAGACAAUCAAAUUGUUCUCUAGCUUUGACAAAGUUACCAAAGGAAGUGUACAAGCGAAAGUGGGAUGUGGUGGUAGUGGAUGGACCGAGGGGUGAUACAGAAGAUGCACCAGGCAGAAUGGCUGCAAUCUACACGGCUAGUGUGAUAGCAAGGAAUGGGAACAUGACAGACGUGGUAGUCCACGAUGUUGAUCGAAUCAUCGAGAGGUGGUUUGCUUGGGAGUUCUUGUGCGACGAGAACUUGGUUUAUUCGAAAGGAAAACUGUGGGGUUUUAGGAUAGCAGGCAACUCAAAAUCUACGUCAUUUUGCGCUGCCAAAACAAUACUAAUAGAGUAAUCGCAGCAAUCUUUUUGUGAUUGGUUGUAUAUCUAGUUAGCAUACUUUACCAGAAAACAUGGGCCUUGAUCGAAAAGAUACGUACCAGCUCUACAGCAUGUUUUUGAAGGAACAAUAAAUCGAAGCUUUGGCUUACUGCCAUGUAUUUACAGGAAGAUGGUAUCAGCUGAAGCAAGACAGCAGCUUCAGAAAGCUUGAAGAAAAAAAAAUUAGAAAUCUGAUGUGCAGUGUAGACUUAUGGCUGGGUAAAUUAGCUGAACGAGCUGAGCAAUUGAUUGUUUUAAGUUUGGUUUGAAAAUUUGAGGACCUUUAAAAAUAUGUCGAGCUUAGCUUGUUAAUGGGGUGAGGCAAUCGUAAAUGAGUAUUAAUUUAGUCAAACAUAA